AUGCCGUUGGCUGUGGUUUUAGACGAGCAAGACCAAAAUCUGAGCAGCUUAAUCUCUUGGGUUCUUAAGCAGUUCAUCUACAUUAGCUCCGAUUAUGUUUUUGCUGGAACAAACCCACCUUCUAGAGAGGAAGACGUACCAAGUACCCUAAAUCUAUAUGGCAAAACAAAACUAGAAGAAAGGGCCGUACUGGAGAACAGUUUAGGAGCUGCUGUUUUGAGAAUUCCUGUUCUGUAUGGAGAAGUUGAAAAGCUCAGGGAAACUGCCGUGACUGUUAUGUUUGAUAAAGUGCAGUUCAGCAACAAGUCUGUGAACAGGGACCACCGGCAGCAGCCGUCCCCCACACACGUCAAAGAUGCGGCCACUGUGUGUCGUCAGUUAGCACAGGAGAGGAUGCUGGAUCCAUCAGUUAAGGGAACCUUUCACCGGUCUGGCAAUGAACAGACGACUAAGUACGAAAUGGCGUGUGCAACUGCAGACGCCUUCAACCUCCCCAGCAGCCACUUAAGACCGGUAACUGACAGUCCUGUCUUAGGAGCACAACAUCUGAGAAACGCUCAGCUUGACUCCUCCAAAUUGGAGACCUUAGGCAUUGGCCAGUGA